UCGUGGCCUGUGCUUACAUUCCGUGUCCGACUUUCGAUCCAUCAUGUUGCGUCUGAGCUCGCUGCUGGUCGUCGCCUUGGUCCUGAUCUUGGGAUCCGUCUCCGCCGAAGUGAUCAACUUCCAAACGUGUCCGGACAGCGUGGACAGCUGUACAAUCCAGCAGGUGAGGGUGACGCCGUGUCCCGAGGCCAAGCAAAACUUAGCCUGCAACGUUCGCCGGAGACGAAGCACUAAGAUGAGCUUCGAUUUCACUCCCAAUUUCGAUGCUGACCGAGUGGAGGCCACUUUGGGAUGGGCCAAAUCUGAGACGGAGGAACUGCCACUUCUCACGAUGGAUCGAGACGCCUGCAAGUACACCACGUGCCCCUUGAGAUCCGGAGUGACGCAGACCUACACCACCGAUGUGCCCAUCGAGGCCAAGUUUCCACUGAGUGCUUAUACCAUCCGUUGGUCCUUCAAGGAUCCCGUUAGCGGAAAACGCUGCUGCUUCACCAACGACAUUAAGGUGGUUCGCUAAAACGAUACUGAAAAAUACGCAAGCUCUGAAAGGCCUUCUCUGAACCCUAUACAAAAACUCGUUGAAAAAAUUUUCUUGUGUUUUUCCAAAUUAUGACACAGUAAACAGAAAAAAUACAAAAUUUGAUUUAAUGUGAACAUAAUUAUGUAAGCAAAGUCUUUAUUAAUUUAAUAAUUACAAUGUCGAAAAUUUUCUAUAACUCAAGGAAAAAUAUAUGACGAAAGAAAGAUUGACAGAUAUUGUUAUAUGACUUAUAAUUUGUUUGUUUUAAAAAUUAUACAAAAUUAAAUUUAAAAACAAAAUUCGUGUAUUAUCUACUUCUGAUUAAAGUGUUUCUCUGUUCUCGCAUUGAGCUCCAGAUUGUGGUGAAUAAAUUUAUUUUCUGUUAACGA